ACACCCCGAGUCGCCCUCAGCUUCAAGGACUCGCAUUUGUUCAGAAUGACUGAUUCAAACUCUGAUAAGGUGCAGACAGAUGACAAGAGUCGUAAAGGGGGCAAAAAGAAGCAAAAGAAGGGAGAUGCCUGGAGACCAGAGGGUCCCAGGGACCCAUUUGCUAUGCUGGACUCCCUUCCUGAGUCGAAGCAGCAGGAGAUCCAGAGAGCCCUCCACCUCUUCACCUUGGGCCCAAGCCUGCCCAAGAACCUGCAGCAGGCCAAAAAACACACGUACAGAUUCUGGGAUACGCAGCCUGUCCCCAGACUGGGUGACAGUGUUGAGACUCAUGGCCCGAUAGUAGAGGGUGAAGCAAGUGUCCGCACGGAGCCCUACUCUCUACCUAAAGGUUUCUCCUGGGACACUCUGGAUCUGAGCAGCCCUACGGUGUUGAAAGAGUUGUGCACCCUGCUCAGUGAGAACUACAUGGAAGAGGAUGACAACACUAUCAGAUUUGAGUUCUCGCCGGAGUAUCUGCAAUGGGCUUUACAACCUCCUAACUGGCUGGCCCAGUGGCACUGUGGUGUGCGGGUAGACACCAAUAACAAGUUAGUCGGCUUCAUUGCUGCUCUUCCUGCAGACGUCCGCAUAUACGAGACGGAGAAGCGGAUGGUGCGGGUCAAAUUCCUGUGUGUUCAUAAGAAGCUGCGCCUCAAGCGGAUGACUCCAGUUCUGAUCCGAGAGCUCACCAGACGGGUCAACCAGCAGGGCUUCUACCAGGCUGUCUACACAGCUGGUGUAGUGCUGCCCACACCGCUGAGCUCCUGCAGGUGCUGGCAUCGCCCUCUGAAUCUCCGAAAACUGACGGACGUGAGCUACCCAGGGCUGAGACAGAACAUACCCCUACAGAGAGCUCUCAAGUUCAACCGUCUGCCUGAGGUGACAAAGACACCAGGCCUGCGCCCCAUGACCAAAAAAGAUGCUGCAAAGGUACACUCACUACUGCAGGCAAACCUCGGCAAGUUCCACCUCAGCCCGAUGCUGUCUCUGCAGGAAGUGGAGCACUGGCUGUUGCCGAGGGAGAAUGUGAUUGACGCCUACGUUGUGGAGGGUGAUGAUGGCACGCUGACAGACGUGGUGAGUUUCUACGGCGUCUCCUACAAGGUGCUGAAUCACCCAGUGCACGCCGGCCUCAGAGCAGCUCAUCUGCUUUACGUUGCCUCUACCGCCACAGGCCCUGUUGACCUCAUGGAGGACACACUGGUCCUGGCUAAGUCUAAAGGUUUUGAUGUCUUCUGUGCUCUGGAUGUGAUGGAUAACAUGAGUUUCCUGGAGACGCUCAAGUUCAGCAUCAAUGACAGGAGCCUUCAUUACUACCUGUACAACUGGAUGUGUCCUAAUAUGAGCCCAGACAAGGUGGGCUUGGUGUUUCCUAACUAACCUGCCACUGAAAGAGGACGGAGUGGUGGAGAUGAGAGGAGCAGAGUGAUCGGCGCUGACGAUGGAUAUCCGACUGCAUCACCAGCAUGGCUUUGGGUUUAAAAUGUAAAAUGACACAGUGCAAAACACAAACACAGUCACAAAUCUGUGAAGGAAAUAAAGACAGAAUUCCAUUUGUAAAUACA